GCAGUCAAGAGAGUCGUGAAAACAUGGCGAAACAGAUGAAACACCAACAAUUCCAAUGCUGCUACCACAACUGGGUGGCUCAGCAGCGUCUCGACCUCGAUGAAUUGCUCCAGACACUCACCCACUACUGGACCGACCCCGAUUACCUCAAACUAAUAACCAACAAAAUCAUCAACCACUUUGAAAACUACAGCCAUGCUCGAGCCGAACUGGCCAAGCACGACAGCCCUUCGUUCCUGGCUCCGACAUGGGGAAGCACCUUCGAGAACUCGUUCCUUUGGAUCGGUGGUUGCAGGCCGUCCCUAAUCAUCCGAAUCGUUUACGCCUUAUGUGGGUCCCAGCUAAAUGCCCAUUUUGAAGAGUUUCUUGAAGGAAUCAGACAUGGAAACCUCGGAGAAAUCUCGAGUUCUCAGCUCAAAAGCAUAGAUGAUCUACAGGCCAAAACUAUGAAGGACGAAGAUAAGCUCUCUUCUCGUAUGGCAAGCUUACAGGAGAUGAUAGCCGAUGCGCCACUGGUGUUGCUGGCAAACGACCAUCGAGAAGCAGGGGAGACGGGUAGAGAUGAGGUGGUGGAUAAAGCAAUGGACAGGCAUGCCCUUGAUAUAUAUAAUGUCCUGAUAGAAGCAGACAAGCUGAGGCUGAGUACCCUCAAGGGUAUGAUAGACAUUUUGACACCAUUACAGUCAGUAGAGUUCUUAGUUGCAUCAAAGAAACUACACCUUUUUUUACAUGAAUGGAGCAAAAGAAGAGACAUGAAAAUGGGAAUUACUCACCUUCUCAACACUUACAACCCCUCGUCCUCCCGUGACCCGCCACCACCACCAGAGCCAUGUGGCCCACCACCACCACCACCAGCGGAGCCAUGAAUCCCGGCCAA